UUUCAGGCAGGUUAUACAUGCACAUCAAUUUGCGAAUCUUCUUUCAUUGAUUACUUUCUUCCUUAAAAGGUGUAGUUUAUUAUACCACGUGCUCCGGUUUUCGUGAAGCGAGGCUACCAAUCGUACAAGUAGGAAAUUCCCAAACAACAACACCUAUACAAAUGUCAUAGACAUUUGCGGCCCAUUUCAGCAAUACUUCCCGUUGGGUCAUGUCUGCUGUGAGAAUCGCUGUCCUCUUUUACCUGCCUCUUGCUUUGAAUGGUGCCACCCUUAAAGAUCUCAAGGAGGCAGUGAAUACGCGUGAGAGAAUUUGGACUGUCUACAGAAGCUACUAUCCAAGCGCCCGGGGCCAUAACCAAACAUGCAUAUACUCUGAGAUGCGGAUGACAAAACGUGGAUACUAUAUUGCCGAUGUGCACUAUGAAGUAGAUGGUGUUUGGAAAAGUGAGCGAUAUUACGCAAGAUUAAUUUCUUCAAAACAUGAGCCUGUUAUGCGGGUGAGCCCAGAAAUCGCACAACGAGGGUUUGAUUAUACUUUAUAUUUCUGGACACCAAAGGAGCACUGCGCUGUAUUUCUCCUCGUGCUGGCUGGCAAAGUUCAUUGUGAAGUACGAACCUGGCAGGAUCAUGUCAGAGCAACGGCGCCCUUUUGUAGAAAGGCAUACGAAAGCCGUUGUGGCAGGGACGCCACGUCAGGUGCACGCAUCGACGGAGCAGAGCGUGCACAUGGGAACGUCUGCUGCCGUGCUGGCGCGCCAGGUGCUUCGUGAGGGGAGAAAGCACACCCGCCAUGCCACGUCAAUGUCACCUUUGCUCUGGGAAGCCUCUGUUAUCCGCGCAUUCCUUGCUCUCCUCUG